CAACAACAACAACAAAAAAACAUGCACACGGUGACUGUGCAUUUAUUUAUUUUUUAUAUUUUGAAAUUUCGUUUCAUUCUUAGAAAAAAAAUAUGUAAAAAACUUCCAAAAUAUAUAUAAAAACCCAUGAGAUGAGUAAAUCAUUUGCACACGUGUUACUUUCCAGUGUAAACCAUAUCCAAACAACUAAAAUUAAAUAAGAAAUAAAAUAACAUUUCGUUCUUUAUUUAUUCAUUCAAAUUUAAAUUUGCAUCCUGUUUUUAACCCAUAAAUGACAGUAAAUCCUUCAACAUCACCAAGCAAACAGACUUUUUUCACAGGACAGUGCAGCAGUGUGGUUUUACUUUAUUAUGACAGUGUGAAAUAUGGGAUUUAAAAAUAAAUAAAUAAAAUGUCCCUGUUUGUUUAAAGAUGGAGGAAGACUGGACGAAGCUGAUGCUGACAUCGUUUCCUGCUGUGCGUUUUUUUUUUUUUUUUUUUUUUUUCUUUUUUGUAUGAAGUUGUUGCUCGGCUUUCUGCAGUGAUAUCACUAUAGUUGAUCAUAAAAACAAGCUGUAAUUAUAGCUCUCUGUGUCACCCUGGCUGGUCCAGACAUGUGCUGUAGCUGACGCAUCCGGAGCAUGUGGGCCACUCCGCUCCCACCACUGACACUGUUUCUGUUCCCAUGUGGAGCUAUGAGAGAGUCUUAGAUAGAGUUUCCCCUCCGUGCCUCCAGUGUUAUUAAUAAACAGUGUGCCUCUGUUUUCCUGAAGGCGCAGCACACUGAAGUGGCCUCCUUAAAGCUAGCAGCAGACUGUUCACGUAGCUGUCUGAGCAGCUGUCUGGGUUGUCAUCUCCAAACAAAAUUCUUACUCCCUAGCUAGCCUCUUAGAUCGUCAUGGAAUAUCAAACACCAGUGGAGGACAGGAAGGACGUGGCAGCUACUGAGGACUCACACUCAGGUCUUCAGAGAUAUGUUGAAUAUACCUCACAGAGCCGCCAUACUGACUCAGAAUCAGAGAGUACCUUUCCUCAAAAUGAGCGCACACAACAGCCCACAACAAACACGGGCAGUUUGGGGGAGCUUUUUGAGCACUGCAUCCAACAAGUGUCUCGUCUAGAGAGGCAGAGAGACGAGCUCAUACAAGAGCUCCUUCGUCUUCAGGAACCCAUGCUCCGGGUUGUGGAUCACCUGAGAGGGAAGCUGGCGGGGACGCGGAGGCAGCUCACCCUGGCUCAGCUGGAUUAUGUUGCUGUUAAUGAGGAAGUGCAGCAGGUGAAGAGGAAACUAUUCGCCACAGCCAGAGACUGCAUCCAGAGCCAGGUGACGCUGGCUGACCAAGAGUACGAGGUGGCUCAGUCUGCUGUCACACAGGAGGAGCUGAAGGCCCACAUCCAAACUCUGACCCAGGAGUCGUCCGAGCUGCAGAACGCCCACCAGAAGCAGCUCAACUCCCUCAGGAGUCAGUCCGCCAGGUCCUGCAGGCCCAGGGCCAUGAGUGACGUCAGCCAGUGCCGCCAGGCCUCCGUCAGGCUGCAGCGGAGACUCAGCGGGAGCGUGAGGGCGCUGGAGGGCUGGUAUGAGCCUCGUCUCAUGGCCCUGCUGAAGAGGAGGCAGGCCGGGGAGGAGGCCUUGAGAAAGGGCAGGGAGCAGGCGACGGACCUGAGGGCCAGCUUGGGGCCCCUGAGAGAGAACAUAAAGACGCUGGAGGUGCAGAGAUCCUGUUUAGUGCAGAGGAUCGCUCUCAUGGAGGCAGAGAGGGAGGAGAGCAUUGCACAACACAAGGAGACUGUGGAGAAACUUAAAGAGACUCUUAGAGGACUCGAAGUGGAGUUCGAGGUUCAGAAAAAAAUUAAGAAAGAUUUGGAGGAUGUUAAGGAUGGACUUUUAACAGAGCUGACGUUUCUGAGAGGCUGUGAUGAACCCAGUGAACGUACUGCAGAAGAAGAUCCAUCAUUUUCCAGUGGUUAUUCUUAACCAGACAUCAAACCACAACACUGCAUCUACACAGACCCAUUUAAGACUAAAACCAGUAAGGGUUUUAGUCUUACAUGCAACUUAACAUCUGACUUGCUCAGCCAAGAAAAACCUAAAACGGUUUUACUGUAAAUAUUUUAUUAUGAAUAUACUUAAGUACACAAGAGAUCAGAUGCAGCAGAGAAACAAAAUGCAGAGGAAAAUAACACACAUACAAAUGACACAACAAACGAUCUGGAAAACUACAUAUAUCAAGCAAA